GAAUUGCGUCUGGCUACCCAUUUCCACCGACUAUAACGCUAGGGUUCUGAUUAUCGGCGGUGCAGAGCAGCCGCUGGAAGGUUUUCCGAUCGUCCGAGGCCACAAUUUUCUCCUCUGGUGUUUCGAUUGCGGCAGAAAUGGCGAAAGGAAGACCGGAAUUUCAAGUGUACAAUACGAUGACGAAGCAGAAGGAAAUUUUUAAGCCUAGAGUCGACGGCAAAGUCGGAAUGUACGUUUGCGGCGUCACCUCUUACGAUCUGAGCCAUAUUGGCCACGCGCGUGCGUAUGUGGCUUUCGACGUUCUCUACAGAUACCUGAAAUAUUUGGGAUAUGAGGUUGUUUAUGUUCGCAAUUUCACUGAUGUGGAUGAUAAGAUUAUUCGAAGAGCAAAUGAAACUGGCGAGGACCCAAAAGCGUUGAGUGCUAGAUUCUGCGAAGAGUUUCUUAGUGAUAUGAGUGAUCUCCAAUGCCUCCUGCCUGCUCACCAGCCACGUGUUACUGAUCAUAUGGAGCAAAUCAAGGACAUGAUUGCUCAGAUUAUUGAUAAUGGCUGCGCUUAUGCGGUUGAUGGUGAUGUUUACUUCUCUGUUGACAAAUUCCCAAAUUAUGGUAUUUUAUCUGGACGGAAACUAGAGGAUAAUAGAGCUGGGGAACGUGUAGCUGUUGAUGACAGAAAACGAAAUCCUGCAGAUUUUGCCUUGUGGAAGGCUUCAAAGCCUGGUGAGCCACGAUGGGAUAGUCCCUGGGGCCCCGGAAGACCGGGAUGGCAUAUUGAAUGCAGUGCUAUGAGUGCUCACUACCUCACGCAUACAUUCGAUAUUCAUGGUGGUGGGAUGGAUUUGAUAUUCCCUCAUCAUGAAAAUGAGAUAGCACAGAGUUGUGCUGCUUGCCCUGACAGCAAAAUUAAUUACUGGAUGCAUAAUGGUUUUGUCACAGCGAACGACGAAAAAAUGUCUAAAUCGCUUGGGAACUUUUUUACUAUCCGUGAGGUUACAAAGUUGUAUCACCCACUGGCACUGAGAUAUUUCUUACUGGGAACUCACUACCGGUCUCCUGUUAAUUAUUCAAUAUCACAGAUAGAAAUUGCAUCGGAAGCUGUUUUCUACAUCUAUCAGACAUUGCAAGAUUGUGAAGAGGCGUUGGUGACAUUGAAAGAAGAGAUAGGAGCAAGUGGGAAAACAGUCCGAAUCAUCCCUGCUGCGCAGGAAUGCAUUGCAAAGCUGCAGGAAGAAUUCGAGACAAAAUUGGCUGAUGAUUUGCACACACCAACUAUACUGAAUUCCUCCCUUCAGGAAGCCUUGAGAUUUAUGAAUAGUUCUGUCAACAUGCUCAAGAAGAAGCAGCAGAAGCAACAGCAAUUAUCUAAUGCCCAGUCCCUGAUCGAUUUACAGAAAGAAACAAAGCAAGUCUUGGAUGUUCUUGGGUUGCUCUCCAUUUCCAGUUAUGCCGAGGUUUUGCAACAGCUGAAAGAUAAAGCUCUCAUAAGGGCAGGAGUAACUGAAGAUGAGAUAUCGCAUCAGAUUGGAGAAAGAAUGUUAGCUAGAAAAGCCAAAGAGUUUGCGAAAAGUGAUCAGAUCAGGAGCGAUCUUGCUGCUAAAGGAAUCGCGUUAAUGGAUGUCGGGAAGGAAACAGUGUGGAGGCCGUGUGUGCCUGUACAACAAGAACAACCAAAUGUUGCAGUAGCAACAAACGAAAAACAGCCUGCCCCAACCGAGAAUGGUCAGUCAUCUGCUGCCCCAGUAAGUACAUAGCACUAUGCAGCCUGCUUAAUAUUAUCGACUCUAUAACUCACAUUGGACGAAGUAUUCAUUAUCAAUACCUGUAACAUUUGGGUCUCCCUCUCAUACAUGACAAAUAUUACUUACUAUUGUUGGUGGGUCAAUGUGAAGUUUUUGGUGCAUUGCACCCUUUGAGACUACUAAUUAAAUGGAUAAGAGAGAUAUUUAUGCUUUACA